GUCUGAAGGAUGGUGCUAACAUGUUGAGGCAUAAAUGGGGCCACCUGCGAGGAAAAGUUGGAUUACUGAGGCUGCUUGGAGGGAUAUCUGUGUUUGAACUCAAUUAUUUCACUUUCCUGCGUGGAUUAAUACUGGUGAAGUCCUGAUGCCCGUACUGAUGAAGUCCUGUUAUCUGGUGCCUCAACUCAGUCCAGUGACUUAAGACUCUUGACCUGCUGGAUCAGCUCCUUCCAGAUGCCCUUUGACACAUAUUGUGCUGUAUACCAUACUGGCUUUCGAAAAGUACUUCACAGACUGGGCAACAUAUUGUUUCAGAAGACAAAGCUGAAUACAUUGGUCUGCUACACGCAGGAGAAAAUUACCCAGAGUGUACUUGGAGAAAAUAAGAGAUUGCUCGAAGCCACACUGAAUUCCUCUCUGCUAGAGGAUUGACCAUAAGGAUUUGUUACCUCUUAUAAUACAGGAUUUUCCAACUGAAAAUGGCCACCCCCUGUAAGAAGUCAUCUUGUUACAGCUCUGAUGGUUGUCCCCAGCACGUAAUGAUAGUUGAGGAUGCCAGCCCCCUGGCGAAUAUGCUGCAAUAAAAAAUCCAGAACUAAGAAUGGAAAAGCUGAAAUGGACAAUAUGGCCGAGACAAGUGAAAAAAUGCAGAUGAAAAAAGAAAUCACGUUACUAAAUGGAGUUUCUUUAAUUGUAGGGAACAUGAUUGGCUCUGGGAUAUUUGUAUCACCCAGAGGUGUUUUAAUGUACAGUGCUUCCUAUGGACUCUCUCUAGUCAUCUGGGCCCUUGGCGGGAUGUUUUCACUGUUCGGAGCUUUGUGUUACGCUGAAUUGGGAACAUCCAUUGUUAAAUCUGGAGGCAGUUAUGCUUAUAUCCUGGAAGCAUUUGGUGCCUUUGUGGCCUUCAUCAGACUCUGGUCUUCCUUGCUAAUUAUCGAACCAACAACUCAGGCAGUGAUAGCAAUCACGUUUGCUAACUACAUUGUUCAACCAAUUUUUCCUCAUUGUGAGCCACCAUAUGAUGCAGUCAGGUUGAUUGCAGCUGCUUGUAUAUGUUCCUUAACGUUUAUUAAUUGUGUUAAUGUGAAGUGGGGAACCCGUGUACAAGAUGUUUUCACAUAUGCAAAAGUUAUGGCUCUUAUCUUGGUGAUAUCUGUUGGCCUUUACAAAAUCGGUAAAGGAGAAACAGAAAACCUGAGAGCUCCGUUCGAGGGCUCAGCAACAAACUCAGGGAUGAUCGCCCUGGCUUUGUACUCUGCCCUCUUCUCCUACUCGGGAUGGGACACGCUCAACUAUGUCACCGAGGAAAUGCAGAAUCCUCAGAGGAAUCUACCUCUUUCUAUUGCAAUUUCAAUGCCUAUUGUGACUAUUAUUUACUUGUUGACUAAUAUUGCAUACUACGUAGUGUUGGACAUGUCAGCUCUCCUCACAAGUGAUGCAGUGGCUGUGACGUUUGGCGGUGAAACCCUUAGUUAUGCUAAGUGGAUAAUUCCUAUAGCAGUGGCCAUGUCUUGCUAUAGUGGCUUAAACUCAUCAAUAAUUGCAGCAUCUAGGCUUUUUUAUGUUGGAGCCAGGGAAGGACACCUCCCUGACAGUCUCAGCUUGAUUCAUAUAAAGUGCUUCACACCAGUCCCUGCUCUCCUCUUCAAUGGCUUAAUGACUUUGCUUUAUCUCCUUGUGGAAGAUGUUUUCCUCCUCAUUAAUUACUACUGCUUCAACUACUGGCUCUUUGUGGGCCUGUCUAUUGCAGGACUAAUAUAUUUGAGAUAUACUCAGCCGCAUAGACCACGGCCUAUUAAACUUAACCUCUUCUUCCCUAUAGUAUACUGUUUAUGUUCCCUCUUCCUGGUCAUAGUUCCUCUCUACAGCGACACAAUCAAUUCCCUUAUUGGCAUUGGUAUUGCCCUCUCAGGCAUUCCUGCAUAUUAUUUGGGAGUCUAUCUGCCAGUUGAAAAAAGACCUAAAUGUCUACAGUGGCUCUCUGCUACAACAACAAAAUAUGUUCAGAUGCUCUUCUACUGUGCUCUGUCGGACCUGGACAUAGACAUGGAACCUAGAGCAGCUAAGAGUAGAUAGAGUUGUCUUGACAUUGAGAGUUGUGUCUUGACAUUUCCUAUCCGGAGCAAUUUUUGUCAUCUGAAGUUCUGCUCAUGUGUUCAGUUAUACUAAAGCAGUAACCACUGUACUACGCAUCAGUUUGAUGUCUGUUAAUUUGUGCUUGUUUUAUAAACCACUCUGUUUUACAGGAUUUUUAAAAAAAAUUCUGUUUGUUAAUAGUGAGUUAUCAUGUAACAUUUUGAAACUAUAAAGCACUGUAUGAACAAACAUUUAUUAGUAGAUAAGUGCUAAAUAUUAGAUGAAUUGCAAAAUCAUAAUAAAAAGUAUUAGGUCUAGUCACAAUCCUAACAAAUAAAUUGAUAAAUAUAACAAAAGACAGACCAGAUAUUUGCAAGAUUCAAAACCUGAGUUGGGAAGUAGAAGCCACAGUGUACUUCUAAAAAUAUAACUAAAUUCUUAGCCAAAGUAAAAAAUAUAUAAUUCAAACUGGUAGACAUGAUUUGAGUCAAUGUAGUAUUAGUGUUAAACUAUUCUAAUGCAUAAUUCCUGGCAUACAUAGUUUACCAAAAGGAGAAAACCAAAGUUUUCGGUCAUUUAAAUUCUGUGAGAAAUUCUUAUUUGAUGAUAUCCCACAUUCAUUACCUUUUUGCGGAAGAGGCAUUUUCAACGAAUAAAUUAUACCAUUGUAACCAAAGUGCUUUUGCUUUCCAGCAGAACAACCUGCCAUGGAGCACUGUAAGGGACAGAGUCGUGUUCCAGCUAGCGUAUAUUCAGGGAAAACACUUCACCUUUUCAUAGUGUCCAUUGCUUGCCUAGAAGUAUCGAAGGUGUGACCCCAUGAAUCAUACUAAUUUUUUUCCACAGUGGAACUUAUUUAAGGAAUUCACAAGGAGAAAUUAAAAACAUUGAUGUUUACAAAAUCCCUUGAGCCCCUGCCCAGCUCUUCAGGCCCCACCAGUUCCUGCUGGCACGGUAACCUGCAGGUCUCCUACUGAGCACGCAGAGAGCCUCCAGCACCGGCUGCCAGGUCUUCACAUCACGUAGAUGCCUGUUGCACAAUACCCAGCAGAGGCACAUGCACUGGACAAGUGCACCCACCAGUGGGUGCCAUGAAAGAAAAGGGUAGUUAAGAACUAGGAUCAUUCUCUGGAACAUUAAGUUUUUCAAUGAUGUGGCAUACAGGAAUGUGCAACUAGUGCUAAUUCUUAGUCUCCUGAAAUGGAAGAGACAACAACUGUCACUAAAAAAAAGCCAUCAGCCUUGCAACCUAGACCAUAAAAACAGCUGCUCCAGCUCUAAUAUGGCUUGUUGGUAUGUAGUACCGUUUGUUAUCCUUGUUGGCAAGUCAUACUUCCUUUCUGUAAUUAUAUUUGAAUAUAACAUACAUUGUUUUUAAUUUGAGUUUCAUCAUUGCUAUUCAAUUAACUCCAAUUAAGGUAAUUUAAUCUUAUACAAGUCCCUGUAGCUUCUAGCAUUAUUGUCUUUUAUUGAUAUCUGCCCAGAAAAAGAGCAAUGCAAUAGGCAAUCGUUGCUAUUUAAAUCUCUCUUCAUUCCCUCCCCACAUUGUAAAGUCAUUUGCAGGAUUGUGAUUUCGUGCAUCUCCAACACAGUGUUUGCUGACAGGGCUCCUGUGAAACCUUCUAUUUGCAUUUCAAUGACAUCUGCUGUUGCAGUUUCCUUUCAGCAGGGUUUUCUUUUGAUACAAAGUAUGAACAAUAAAAAUGCACUAGAUUAAGGUAAACAUGAAGAUAUAAGAGAUGCAUGUUUUGCUUUUUGGAAGCCACAGCUUUCGAGCACUAAAAUCACAAGUAUCACAAUCACAAAACACGAAGAGGAAAGAAGACCUAGGGUGUAGUUUAGCUUUCCCAACUCAGAACAUCCCCAUGUACUCUUUGCACACACGACACAUACUUCUGUUACCAUAUAGCACCAUUUUGAUCCUGCUCUAUGAUUGUAGGGAAAUAUUGCAUUUUUGCCUCAUCUCUUACAAAGCACUGUUUAACGACAGAGCUGCGGUUCCAGACUGUAUCAGGGCACAAGGAGAGUACAAAACCUACAAGUCGGUACCAAACUAAACGUGACAGUCUUUGCCUCCACAGAGUUCAAAGUCACGCUUGGUGCUGAGCUAUGUGUCACACCAAGACAGCAACUGUACCAUCCUCUGAAGUUUUUCCUUGCAGGACUAAAGUUCCUAAGUGAUUUGAGACACCUGAGGUGACAUCUCGGGUGGUAACAGAUAGCAGGCACUACACGUAGUGUAAUAAGGGCUAUGGACUAAGACCAUUUCCAUAGAGAAUUCUGAGCUGAGAAUCUUCUUUCUUUGUCUGUUUUUUGCCAAAAUCUGUUUUUGCAUGAAUCUGUUAACUUUCUGGGCAUGACGCACAAGCCUUAGUUUUCUUUCUUUCUGGACAGAAGGAAAGUAGUAGUCAGAUGCAAGGUUAUAAAUGUGAAGAAUGUUUAUUGAAAUUCUCUACGGACAUCGGAAUCUCAGAAAUGUUAAUGUGUUUGUUGAUGUUUCACUCCUUACAAAUAAUGCAUGUAAGUUAUUGUCAAAUAUCUAAAGCAAGUCAUAGAUGCUGAAGUGUUUAAAUAAAUAAACAUUUGAUC